GUGGCACGGUGGGUUGCAAGCGGCAUGGUGGGUUGCGACCACAAUUUGUGCCCACGUAGUGCAUGCUGGUGCUAAUCCAUUAGCAGUCCUGGCAGCUAACUCUGUCUCCCCUACCACUGGCUUCAGCCAUUCCUUGCCUCUUCGCUAUCCAAAUCACUUGUGUUGUGGUCUCAUCGAAGCAGGUCACCUAACAGCAUUCAUCCACCCAGACUCCCCGUCCUUCCCCAUCUCCCCUGCGGUGUCCUGCUGCUACCACUCCGAAUAUCUCUGUCACCCUAACAAAGCCCUCAGUAGUUCCCUCUGUCUCUGUCCAUCCCCCUCCCCCACAAUUUAGGCAGAUGCAAUCAUGUUUGAGCAGCCUGGUCCACGUGAAGAUCAAGUUGCAGCAGUUCCUUGGAUGUUAGGAAAAGCUUUCUCACAAGAAGGCUCCCCAGAGAGGUGGUGGCAUCUCCAUCCUUGGAGGUUUUGAAGCCCCAGGUAGACAAAGCCUUGGCUGGGAUGAUGCAGUUGGGGCUGGUCCUGCUUGGAGCAGGGGGUUGGACUAGAUGUGACCUCCUGAGGCCCCUUCCAACCCUUCUGUGCUAUGACUGAGGUCCAAGCACAGGUGAACAUGCAGAAAAAGGCUCUCCAACCACCCCUUGCCCAUGACAAACAUGUUGCGAUCCCAUUACAAAAGCCCCAGUCCUGCUUCUCUUGUAGAUGGGACCGAAAGCAAGAGACAAGACCGGGGGAGCAAGCAGCCGCGUUGGUUCACACAAGCUCUGAGUCGGGAACGGAGGCGGUAGCGUUCAGGUGUGGAGAGUGACGGCAGGUGAGGACGCGCGGUUUGGUAGAAGCGCUGCGCAUCUUUCCGUACAUAGGGAGAGGCAAAGGGGAAGGCGUGCUAGACCACGACUCUCCCGAAGGCCCAGAAGAGCAUGCUGCCGUCUGUCCUGCUUCUUAAUUAGAUCACACCCGAUUCUGUGCCGGCUUCUGACUGGUAUCGGUGCAUCGCGGUGUGACCUUAGCAGAAUGAAUGUCGGCUUGCCAAGAGCAAGAAUCUGCCCCGGCCUUUGAAAGGGAGGGAUGUCUCUGUGCCCAGGAGAUGGGGCCUGCUUGCUUCACCCCUUCACCAGCCCCCAGUGGAAGCCGCAGCAGAGCUGUGCAAGACUUCAUGAGGAUGGGAAACACUCAGGACCCUGGCCUGGUGUAGCUGUUGGCAAGCCACGCUGCAGCCCCCUCGGGCCAUGCGUUUGGAGGCCAGGCUGCUGCCAUUUGGCACUGGGGACUUCCACGGUCACCGUGUCUGCUUCCACAGGGAAGCUGCUAGCAGAAAUGCCGGCUCUGACAGAAGGAGUGGGCAGCUUGGAGGAGAAGCGGUCAGUACCUCUGGCAAGUCAUUUGGGGUGGAAAGAGGAAGGUGAAUGCCCCAGAGGGAAGACAGCAACCCGCUGCGUAAAAGCCAGCCUGGUCUACUGGGGUUCGAAACUGCGGCUCGUUUUGAUCCGUGGCCUUGCUGCCGUCUUGGCUUCUGCUGCGGGGUCCUGACCUCUGCUAUAGGACUAACGAGCCCUGAGAUCUCAGCUGCAAGGCAGCACAUCCUCGUGCUCUCCCUGGAGCAUCUCCUACCCCCUCCCCUAGCACGUCAUCAGUCUUUGGCCAGAGCGGCUGCCUGCCACCCGAGAAGGAAACUAUCCCCGGGGCUGUCUAAGUGUCCAAGGCUGCGCUGCGAGCAGGGCUCCAACUCCUCCCAGUCCCCAGUCUUCCCGUGAACUUCAGUGGAAACCUCUGAGCACAUCCUCCUUCAUCUUCCUUGCCCCUGAAGAUGAAGCAUGCCAAACCCGCCAGACAAGAUGACCGGACCAGGGUCGGGAAUGGGAAGCCCAGGAUUUGGCUCUGUUCAGGCUCUUGCACCCAUUUUGCACUGGAGGCGCAUUGAGGAUACAGAGUCAUCAUCUCCCUUGUCUUUCUAGUGGAAAACGAAUGAGGUGUGUAGGUUUUAAUGUCUUUAGGCUGGGUGAGGGUGUGUCUGGAGACCUGGCUGAAGAAGCCUGGGACGGGGUGAGCUUGGCAAUGUCAGGAUUGGUUUCAUCACCAGACAAAGCUCCUCAUGUUGGACCCCUCCCCCCCCUUCCUCCCACCAUGCCUGACCGAAGGGCUAGCAGCUCUUUUCCCCAUUCUUACAGCCUGACUCCAUCUCUUGGACGUGCUGGACCAAGAAAACACCCUGACAAUGAGGACUAAGACCUCAAGCUGGAGUCCGUGGUACAGAAACCCGGUGUCAAGGCAGGUCACAGGGCACCAGCGGCGCCCAAGACGCAUUCUGCGCCGGCUGCAAUGUCCUCAGGCAGGUGACCCCACGCCCAGGCAGCUUGCAGGGCUCCAGUGUUGGCUUCAAAUGUCCAACUCAGGGUCCUUAAAAUUCUGGUUUAUUAGCAGAUUGAGACACUAUAAUGAAGUCAAAUCAUAAACCUUGGGGCUGGUCCACACACACACGCGUGCGCGCACAGUAGCGAGCUACAAGAGUCAGGUAUACCUAUCCCAUGGGUGCUGGAGUCUGCUGUCGAUGGCCAGUUGAGGCUUCUUCCAGCGUGGUGUUAUCCUCCAGAAGGGGGUCGCCAGCUGGUCCUUCUGGCUGGACAGGUCUGGUCAAGUUGGAGAGCAAGAGGGUGCCAGUGAGGGUCACUUUUCACUGCUUUUUAUCUGUCCUUGGCAGACUUUGGCGACUCCCGUUUUCAGUUUUGCCCAAUCCAGGGAUCAUUGACCCUUGUAGGACUUCACCCUCGGUGGCUACUGGAUGGCAUCUGUCAGCCCCAGGGGUCAUCCACAUGUACGUGCAGGUUUGGGAGUCUGUUAAUUAAUUUUGAAUAGAGCUCUGGGAGCGGACGUUUAGAGAUUUCCUGGUUGCUACAUUGUCUCCUAUUGAUUUCUUCCAUUGUUUGAUCUGCAGUUUCCCUAGGUGUUAAUUGCCGCCUGCUGCUGUGUUACGCAUUCAAUCACUGAUUCACUGGCUGGACCAGGGGCCCGCCUGAUACAGGGAAGUGGCAGUUUGACUCCUGCCCUCGUUAACAUUGUUACAAUGUAUAACUUCUAAAACUAAAACACAUUUAGUUAAAAGGUGAGGAGUAUAAAAUAUAAGCUACACGAGUAAUGCCAUGGCACACAAAUAGAUAAAAAAUACCAAAAUACAAGGGGAGAUACAAAAUACACACAAACAAACUUUGAAACACAAUUCCUUAUCUUAUACUGGAAGAAAGAGGAAGGUAGAAGAGGAGAAACAUAUCCAAAGAGGGGAGAGCAAACGCAGGCAAGAGGAAAAGGGGGCUUUCUGCUACACCAGGCCCCAAUGGAGCCCACCCCAUCGCCUGUCCCCAGAGUCAAGUAAUCUUCUGCCCACUCUGCCAUGGCUGGUGAGGAGCUCAGACGCUGCCCACAGUACAGCCUGAUCUUCCCCGAGCUCUUGUAAUGCAGAGCCUAAGUGAAGAGCUGGCAACACCAAAGCAGAGAGGGGCGAGCACCAGGACCGUGGUGACGGGGCACCACAGCAUGAUGAGCAGAGGUUUCUCUGUGCCAACAGACCCACCUCAAGACUACCUUUUGGCUCCAGGCCUCUUCCUGGCCCUGAACUGGCCCCUCUUUUUCCCUCUCCCUGCAACGAACAGUCACUGCUGAAGCACCGCGGCUGGGACAAGCCAGAGCCCCUGCAGCCUAGCGAAGGCAGGAAGCCAAAGCGCUGACAUAGCAGAGCCCUGGCAGGGGACAACUCACCACCCCAUCGCCACAACAGGUGGUUGUGAGCCACCAAUGUCACGAGCAAACCUGCAGCUUCUAGCCGCCCACAGACAUAGGUCCUCUUGACGAGCGCUGCGACACAUAGGAAAACAGAAGGAAAUGAAUUGGGGCAGCCUACAGCUGAGGAAACCACAAGUGCAGUACAUCUGAGCGCUUCUAACCUCAGCAAGUCAUCAGCAGCCCCAUGACGCUGGUGCCAGGCAGGCCUGACUGCUCCGGGGCUGGGUGACCGGCUGCUGCGAGGAAUCUGGAGAAGGGGACGGAGCUGGGGCCUUUCGAGGGACAAAACCUCACAGCUGGGGGGGAGCACAACUCUCUGCAGCCUGCAAAAAGCAGGGCCUUGGCGCCCUUGAUGCCAAGGGAUGGGAGGGGAAACUGUGCCCAUGAGCUGGGUGCAGGGCUAGCCUCAGUGAAGCGCUGAAUUUGCCUGCACCAAGUCAAUGCUAUCAGCGCUCCUGGGGGCAGGCAGGUGGGUGUGUGUGUUCAGGUGCACCCUUCCAGGCACUGGGGCUCUGCACAACACGUCAGUGAGGCCCCGCGAGGCCUCCUCCUCCCCUACAGCCUCAGACCAGUCCACCACUGUAAACGACGGCAGGUCAAAACAACUCAGCUGGCUGGACCCCAAUAGCACGAGCAGCAUCAACGGUACCAGAUGAAACGGUCACCGAGCCUUUCUUUUUAGACAGGAAUUGACAGCAAGAAGCAAAGAUGUCGUGUGGUGGGGCCGGGCCAGGGUGACGUGGUAUCUGCGUGGGGUGGAGGAGGGACCAGGCCACACGGGCUUUGUUCUCCCUCACGAGAGGUACGGACUCAUCUCCCCACCUCGAACCCCGCAGCCGGAGAUGGGCCCAAGGAAAUCAUGGGGAGGGACAUGACCAAGGCCGCGCAGGGCAGCAGUGGCAGAGAGUGGCUCCUGCCUGGGGAGCAGGGAGGUCGAGGCCCCUCCGCGCCCCACAUCAGGGGCUCCUAGGCUCAAUUUGCUUGGCAACGUGGCAGCAUUUGUACCCUGCGCCUGCUUCCCAGGCCUCUGCCCCUGCCCUGCCCCUUGUGCCCUCAACCCUGACCAGGACCCCCACUCCAUCCUGGCCCUGCCCAGCUCAGCAGGCACCGGCGCUGCUGCAUUUUCCAAGUUUCGGAGCUGUGAAGCCAACCUGCCACUUCCCCGCUCCCCAUCCUGUCCCCCACGGGCAGCCACAGGGUGCAGGAUCAGCUGGAGGCAGCAGCCCCUGACGCCUGGACAGCCUUCUCCUCCCCAUCCUCUCCCUGCUCCCCACAUCGAGGCAGAAGCUCCCCCACUGUGCAGGUCCUGCCCCCGCCCCCCCGCUCUAACCACUGGACCACACUGCCGCUGGUCCUUCGUACAGCCCAGCACACUGGUGCAGGGGGCUAACAGGCGAGAAGGGAUGUCCAGGAGGGUCCCAUGGGGUGUCUGCCUGGCACGGGGACUUCCCAGCUGGGUGAGCACGGUGCUGGAGCAGCUGACAGGCGGAGCCGGGCCACACAGUCAGCUGGGCAUGACAGAGCGGGCACGGCUGGGCCACACCUGACUGAGCCACUGGCAGCGGGGUGCCUAUGUGGGUUCCCCCAGUAGCUCCCCCAUACCACUGGCCCUGUAGCCCCUGAUGGGCAUCGAGGACCCUGUCACUCCCAGGGCCUGGCCUGGGCCAUUCCCCAUGGCUCGCCCGUGAGCGCCAGGGGCUGUGGGAGGAUGACAGCAGGGGUUCCCCUUGGCCUGGUGCCGAUGAGUCAGCUCCACGCAGGCCAGGCGGGGCCUCGGCUCUAUAAGAUGUUGUCUCCUGUGCCCCGAGCCAGCAGGCAGGAUGUGCAGCCCAGGGGCAGGUAAGGCUCUGCAGGCAGGGGCAGGACUCAGCGCUGCUGCUGCCCACGGCCCUGCCCUGCUGCAGUGGGGUUGCUGCUGGCAUGGGAGGGGGCCCAAGCCCCCUUGCAGAUGCAGGAGGCCUGGGGGAGAGGAAGGAGGGGCAGUUGUGGGGGAUGUGGUGGGAUUGGGGAGCAGCUAGAGGGCUUUGUAGGCACAGGGAAGGCCCCUCUGCCCAUUGCACAGGUGGGAAAACUGAGGCACGGAGAAGGGACAGCUUACCCCAGCAGAAUCGCUGCCCCCCACCCAGCUCCCUCUCCCCCCGACCCCUACCAGGCUCAGCAUUGCCUCUUCUGGUUGCAGAUCCCAGGAGCGCGGGCGCGUGGCUCCCCCUCGUCCUGCUCUGCGGCUGCGUCCAGCUCUGCCGCACGGAUGCGAGCUCCAAGCUGCUCCCGGAGAUCAUCUACCCCCUCAAACCGCUCCCGAGACCUGCCCUGGGGGCAAACUUCUCCGUGUCAUGCGAGGCGAAGAGCGCCUUCCGGGACAUGACGAUCAUGUACUGGCUGGCGAACCUCUCUUUCGUCGAGAAACUGUACCCCAACGGCGCUGUGCAGGAAGGGGCCGUGCGGAAGGAGCCCACAGGCACCGGUGUCGUGAUGCAGCGGGAGCUGCGAUUCAAGGCCUUCUCCAACAAGGACCUGAACACCCAUUUCAUGUGCGUGGUGAAGAACCCUGCCGGGGUGGCCACCACCACCCUCCAAUGGCAGCCUGAGACAGCAGCAGGCACAGAGGGCCCAGUUCAGGACAGCCUGCAUAGCUGAAGACAGGGACCAGUCCUGGGGAUCAGCAUUGCACCACGGCCGCCUUCGGCCCCAAGGCCUCUGCCGCCUGCAUCCCCACCAAGCCAAGCCCAGGCCCCGCUCCGCCGCCACCUCCACCUCCCCACACGCAGCAGCGGGACAAGACUCCUCGUGCGCCACACACCCUGGGCCUGGUGGCUCUGCUCCAAGGCUCCUGGCUGGCAGGUGAAUGGGCAUGGCUGGAAAGCCUUGCGUGCUCGGCUGCCGGGACGGGCUGCGCUUCGUCCCCGGGCAGCAGCAGUCAGGUGAUGGACUACACAACUAGAAGGCGCUGGAGCCCCGAGCGGGCGGCACCUCUUUCCCCUUAGGGGGACACUUCAAUAAAGACCUUGCUCAUGGCAAA